UCUCCCUCCAAUUCCUCAACUCCGUCUUCCACCCCCAACCCACCGCCCCGCACCGACAAUUCCGUCACCAGCGAUGUACUCUUCGCUCCACGCCGCCGACUCCGACUCCGACGACUCCCUCCUCUCCGACGUAUCCGCCUCCCCGACUCGCCGGUGCUCACCAUCACCUCGCCCGGCACCGCCCAAGCACCGUCCCACGCCAGAUCCCACAUCAAAACCCAAACGCAAGCCCAAACCCAAGCCCAAGCCCGUACCCUGUUCUACCUCCGCCCCCGUCUCCGCCUCCGCCUCCGCCUCCGCGCCUCCGAUUCGCGCCGCCGCCCUCUCCGACCCGCACGGCCUCGCGGCGCGCAUCGCCCCGGGGUCAGCGCUCACCUCCAACGCCAGCACAGUCUCCUUCUCCUCCUUCCGCCGCCUCGUCCAGUCUCGCAACCUCUCAUUCGAACCAGCCGCCGCAUUCACGAACCCCGCCCCCGCGCCCGAGCUCGAGCCUGAGCCUGAGCCCGAGCCCGCGGAGAUACCAAGCGCCGAGCCGUCCCCGUCCCCGGCAGCCACCCACCCGCCGCCGCAGCUCAGGCCCAAGCGGGUGCAUCCCAACUCGGUUUCGGAGGUCCCUGCGGCCGCGGUUGAGCAGCCGAAGCGACCGAGAGGGGACCCCGCCGGCAACUUCGUUCGGCUCAACAUCAAUGGGUACGGCCGGAAGAAGUCGUUCAAGUCGCAGGCCAGGCGCCCGACGAAAUACCGCUCCUGGAAGCGGCAGCAGCCCGGCGGUGGAAAGCCCCGGGCAGGUGCCGACGAGGAAGGGGAUUUCGUAGCGGAGGCGCUCCUCGAGCGGGAGAAGAAUGCGGCGGCAGGUGAUGACGGUGUUCUCAAGAUUGUCGAGGUAGCCAGAGAGGACCCGUCCGAGCAGAAUCUCGAGAGCUUGCUCAGGAAGGUGUUUGGUUAUGAUUCGUUCCGCGAGGGUCAGCUUGAGGCCAUCCAGAAUGUUGUUGCAGGGGAGUCGACGGUGCUUGUGCUGCCCACCGGCGCGGGCAAGUCACUGUGCUAUCAGUUGCCUGCUAUGAUUUUGCCUGGAUUAACACUGGUGGUGAGCCCAUUGCUUUCCUUGAUGGUUGAUCAAUUGAGGAAGCUCCCUGCAUUUCUCCCAGGAGGCCUUCUUGCGAGUAGUCAGACGAGUGAUGAGUUUCAUGGAACAUUACGGCUGUUGCGUGCAGGGGAAAUAAAGGUUCUUUUUGUUUCCCCUGAGAGAUUCUUGAAUGAAGAAUUUCUGCAGAUAUUCAGGGACACACUCCCAAUAUCUCUUGUGGUCAUUGAUGAAGCCCAUUGCAUUUCUGAAUGGUCUCAUAAUUUUAGACCUUCGUAUCUAAGGCUUCGAGCAUCACUACUUCGGAGAAAGCUUAAUAUUCAAUGUAUUCUUGCAAUGACUGCAACUGCAACAACUCAAACCUUGCAGGAGAUAGUUAAUGCCUUAGAAAUUCCAUCUGGUAAUCUCAUCCAGACAUCUCAAAUUAGGGAAAAUCUAAAGCUGUCUAUCAGCAUGAGUAAUAACAGGCUGAAGGAUUUAAUGUUGCUAUUAAAGUCUUCCCCUUUUGUCAAUAUGAGAAGUAUUAUUGUCUAUUGCAAAUUUCAGACAGAAACGGAUUAUGUUUGUAAGCACUUGUGUGAUAACAACAUUAAUGCCAAGAGCUACCAUAGUGGACUUUUGAUGAAAAAGAGGAGCCGGGUACAGGAGCUGUUCUGCUCUAACAAAAUAAGAGUGGUAUAUGCUUCCUCGGUAUUUCUAUUUUAUAAGUUGUAUUACGUAGGCCAGGUGUCUAACUUUGUUUUUUCCGCCUUGAGGAAGGUUGUUGCAACUGUGGCGUUUGGCAUGGGUCUUGAUAAGAGUGAUGUCGAAGGGGUGAUCCACUAUAGGUUGCCAGAAAGCCUUGAAGAGUACAUACAGGAAACUGGACGUGCUGGAAGGGAUGGACGGUUAUCACACUGUCACCUUCUUUUUGAUUCAACGACAUUCUAUAAGAUUCGCAGUCUUUCACACAGCGAUGGCAUUGAUGAAUAUGCAAUGAGCAAAUUUCUUAACCAGAUAUUCUCCUCUGGCAACACGAUGGGGUGCAUCUGUUCCUUCCCUAAAGAGUCUACUUCACGCAAGUUUGAUAUAAAAGAAGAGGUGCUUUUAACAGUCCUCACACAGCUGGAAAUUGGUGAGGAGCAGUAUCUCCAUUUACUUCCUCAGUUCAGUGUUACCUGCACGCUGUAUUUUCACAAGACAUCACCGCAACUGCUUGCUGACAAGGAUAUACUACUUAGAUCAAUUCUAAAUAAGUCUGAAAUGAAGGAUGGCAGUUAUGUCUUCGAAGUACCAAGAGUAGCUAAUGAUAUGAGGAUCACAAUGAAUGAAGUGUUUGAUCGUUUGCAAAAGCUAAAGUUUUCAGGAGAACUAUCUUAUGAAUUGAAAGACCCAGCCUACUGUUAUAUGAUCUUAAAAAGGCCAGAUGACUUGAACACUCUUUCAGCAAAUCUCACAAAAUGGCUUUCUGAAGUAGAAAACUCAAAGAUCAGGAAACUAGAUGCUAUGUUUGCUCUGGCGGACUUUGCUGUCAAAGGCUGUAAAAAGACAGAUGGCUGUUCUGGUUCUGAGCACACCCCGUGCAUCCAGAAGAGGAUUAUACACUACUUCAGCAAAAAGGAUGGCACGCCAGAUGAUGAUUACUGUACUCCCCUCCGCAAGAGCAGCACGUUCUUGCAAUCCGAUAUAAAGGUAUUCCUCCAGAGCAAUUCGUUUGCCAAAUUCACCCCGAGGGCCGUCGCGAGGAUUAUGCACGGCAUCUCCAGCCCGGCUUUUCCAGCUGCUACCUGGGCCAAAAACCACUUCUGGGAGCGCUAUAUGGAGGUUGAUUUUCCAGUGGUCAUAGAAGCCGCCAAAGCAGAGCUGGUUAAAUUCGUUGGAAAGGGUGAAUAAUGCUACAAGCAAGCAAUCAGAACCGUCGUCUAAGGUUUUGCCAGGCUGUAGAGUACGUACAUACAUAAGAAUGAAGUUUGAAACCCGGAACCGGAUAGAAAUUUAACCAGAGAAGAGGCGCUUGGAAAAAAAAAGUGUUUGCAGCAGAGGGGACAGCAUCCACGUCGGUGUGAAGUACCUAUGCAGGCAAACCACGCGGGCCUUUCAGUCAAGCUGUCUAUGUAAAAUAGCGGGCCAGCCAGGAUCAAGAGGCUUGAGCAGAAACAUUGUUGUAAAGGAGAUGCGGGACAUUUUCUGAUUAAAGAAACAAAGAGAAACCAGUGAUAUACUAGGUCGACAGAUUAGAGGGUUAAUGUGUUAUGCUUAUAUGUGCUCCCUCCAGUGUCAAAAAACCAGUAAGAAUCUGAUGUAAAACUAACUUGUAAACUUGUGAUUCUAAUAUUUACUUAGCAGCAUCA